AUGGCUGCAGCAAACACCAGCUCGGUAUCCUUGACUCCAACAUCCAGCGCCUUCCGACCCGUCUUGCUCUAUGACAAGAACGCGCCACCGACCAUUGUCGCUUCUGUCGCAACGGCAAGGCCGCCUGCAGACGGGUCGUACAGUCCAGGUAACUACAUUGAGUUUCACGUGGCGUGCGCUUCGCCGUGUCCCGUCGACUUCCCUCCGCAAACGGUCACGCAAAAGUCGGGCUCUAUCUGGGGCGGCAAUCACGUCGUCGCCGGAACGACCACGGCCUGGGACUGCAUACUCGGCACCAACAUAUACAAUGUGAAUGACUUUGGCAACUGUUACACCACCACACUGUCGUCUGGCGAGCCUUUGCCAACUAGCGGCUCUUACACGCAGGUUGGCACCUGCCAGAUCUUUGCCCGGUCUAAAAUGAUGUUCGUCACGGCUGGAUUUGAUGAGUACUUCAAGGUUAUGCCGCCGGAGACGAGAAAGCCAGAUAGUUAUGAAAGCUAUGUUACUUCGGAGUUGAGCUCAGCCGGAUGCCCCAGCAGCGCGUACCCAACGGUGCCGCCCGCGACAGAGUCCAAACUGACCAGCACAACCACGACUAAAGUAGAAACGGCUACGCCAACGUCCAGCUCAACACUUACUAAAUCCGAAGCCGUGAAGGUUCCUGGUGGAAAAAUGCUAUUGACAUUUAUGAUGGUGUGGACUCUCAUUGUACAGAGCUGA